AUGGACAUGGCACCACCGUGGUCGCCGCCGGAGUUGAACGACGACCUCACGGAGGAGAUCCUCCUCCGCGUCGCUCCAGACAAGCCCGCGCACCUCUCCCGAGCUUCCCUCGUCUGCAAACGCUGGCACCGCAUCAUCUCCGACCCCGGCUUCCUCCGCCGCUACCGCGCCUUCCACGGACGCGCUCCCCUGCUCGGCUUCUUCUACAACCUCAAUUUCCCGGCGCCCUUCUCUGACAUGGUAUUCGAUUUCCCGUCGCCCUCCUCUCGCUUCGUCGCCACCACGGCGUCGUCCCCGCUCCUGCAUGCAGCGCACGACGACGACGGCGACCGCCGCGUUUCCUGGGCCCUCGACUGUCGCCACGGCCGCGUCCUCUUCGAGAAGGCGGACAGCAGGGGCCUCGCCGUGUGGGAUCCGAUCGCGGAUGACUGGACGGACCUGCCGCCGCCCGGCAUCCAGUACGCGUCCUACUCCGCCGCCGUGCUCUGCGAUGUGGCUGGCUGCGCCGACCACCGCGACUGCCGCGGUGGUCGCUUCCUUGUCGUCUGUAUAGGCUGCGACGUGAUGAGCCCAACCGAAACCGCCUAUGCUUGCGUUUACUCAUCGGAGGAUCGUGCCUGGCAGGUGCCGGUUUCCGACGGCAGCGGCAGACGGUGCUGCAGCUUCGACGGGAUGCGCCCUGCUCUCAUCGGAGAUGGAAUCUACUGUGCUGUUCGUGGUGGUUAUUACAUUCUGAAAUAUGAUUUGGUUGAGCGUCGCUUUGAUUGGAUCAACAUGCCAAAUAGAUUUGGUGAAGUGUCGCUUUACUUGGACAGAAGGAAUCCAGUGCUCAUGCAAAUAACGAGGACGGCUCACUGGGCCUCGCCGGCAUGA